UGGAAAUAUUUAGAGACAGACUGAUAAAAUUACUCAGGUAAUAAAUGGGAUUCCUGACAACUUGAGUCUUAGGAGCUAGAAGGGAAAGAAUCAACUCCUAAAGAUGAUACAUUUUUGACCUUUGCGUAUGCACUGUGGCAUGAGUGGGUAUGUGCCCUUACACACACAUUCACAUAUACACUACUAAUAAUAUUUCAGAUAGAACAUAUUAUGAACAAUUAACAGAAACAUUGCUGACUUAUGUAUCUCCUCAGUAGCAUUUGAUAUUGUUUAUGAUGCCCUCCAUAAUACAACAGUAGGUAAAUUUCUGUUAGAAUACCUAUGCACCUCUCAGGGAUUACACUUUUAUUUGUAGGAGAUGGAAGAUUACAACAGAUGUUUCAGCGAGAGAAAUUCAAGUGCUUGAAGCAUAAUAACCUGUUUUGUGAAGACUGUUUCUGAUAUGUUUUCCAGUGGGUAGUUGGAACUAACUAGUCCUAGGCCCCUCUCCAGGCCAGAUUGCUUGCAUGCAGGGUAGAGUGCAGCAUCUUCCCAGGGCCCUAGUACUCUUCAGAGCUUAAGCCCGGAGGCCCUGGCCAUGCUGUUAAUGUUGGCCGGAGGUUGUGCUUCUUCUAGUCUUUACAGAGCCCUGUUAACUCUUUCCUAGUGCUGUCUCCUGACCUUGUAGCUGCACAUGAGGUGGGCAACCUUGUGAUGCUUAACUGUUUCUCCCAGAGCUGCCAGGACAGAGGGGGAGCACUCUGCUUGCCUCCACUCCAUUCACUGUGAAAGAGGGAGAGGAAUCUUAACUUCUGCUAAAGACUGUGCUCAUCACAGAAGCUCAGAUUUUCUGUGUCUGUAUCUUAAGUGCAAGUUAAAAACAGUUCAUGCUGUGUCUCCUUUUAUGUCUCUUAUUAAAAGAUCUCCAUGGUAUCUUGUUUGUUUUGUAUCUUCUGUGGCCUCUUUGUAAGGUCAUUAUUAUGCUUCCUUUGUAAUUGAAGUUUGGAGAGACAGUGAGUUUUUCUGGCUCCUCAUCAUUAGUCUUGAAAUGAGGUGACUAGCUGUCAGCUCACUUGUGGUGUCUCUCUCUAGUUCUCAGCUCUGCUUACUGUACAGUCUAAUAUUAAAAGAAGCCAUCCUCUGCUCCACUUCUUACAGGAUAAUAAUUAGAAUAAGAAGGACACUCUCUGCCCCUCUUAACAGCCAGUGGCUCUCCACCCCUCUGGUCACUUGGUAGAGGCUUUGAAGCUCAAGUGAUGUUCAGGUCUUACGCAAGAUCAGUGGUUUUCAACCUUCUCAAUGCUGUGGAUCUUUCAUACAGUUUCUCAUAUUAUGGUAACCCCCAGCCAUACAAUUAUUUCAUGGUUACUUCACAAUUGUAAGUAGCAACUUUUAGGAAUUAUAAUGUAAUAUCUGAUAUGUGACCCACCACCUGAGAACUGCUGCCCCAGAGACAUUAUCUAGUGAGGACCCAGGGUGCUGCAGGUUAAGUCUUCUCACCUCUGUUGUGCUGUUUCAGUCUUGAUACUAUGAGUCCUCUCCUCAGCGCUUGGGGAGAGUGUGGUCUAGUAGGGACAGUGCCAGCCCCUCUUCUCCCCUCGCCAGCAUGCCUGUGGGUUUGUAUCAUUGCCCGUGCCUGCCUUUAGAUACGUGUGCAGUUCCUGUAGCUUCCCUUUUCCUGGCGGUUUCAUUCCCCUAAACUACUGUUUUGUUUUGUUUUUGAAGGCAUAACACAUAUUUGUGUCACCAAAAACCUAGUAUUUCUUAGGCAUUGUGAGCUGUAUCACAAAUUUAUAAUUUUAAGAGGAGAGGAACAAUUUGUUAUACCUGAACAAUAGUGAUGUAUUCACACAUUUUAAAAAGUAAUAGACUUUUUUUUUUAAACAUGAAUCUUCAGUUUGUUUUUUAGUAACAGCAAAAGUUUGUUGAAAUUGUUACUUCCAGUGAACUGAAGGCUUUUUCUGUCCUUUUGAGAUGUGGUCUGAGUAGGUCAGGAUUGACCGUGAGUUAUGGGUGUAUGCCAGCAUUCCUGGCUCAAACCUAAAACUUAUACAACUAAACUUUGGCCUUGUUAAUUUUGUUUUGACAGGGUCUCAUGUGAUGGGGCCAGCCUUGAACUCAUGAUCCUCCCGAUCCUACCUCCCAAAUGCUGAGAGCUUCAGUAACUUGUGAUUGGUGGUUGGCUAUCCAGUUGUUCAUCCUCACAUCAAUGCACUGCCAAUGGGUUAUGUCCUGUGUUGUGACCUCAUGGUUUAAGUGGGAAUAAAGAUGAGUAUAAGCAGUGAUGAGGUCAACUUCUUGGUAUAUAGGUACUUGCAAGAGUCAGGAUUUUCUCAUUCUGCGUUUACCUUUGGUAUAGAGAGCCAUAUAAGUCAGUCCAACAUAAAUGGUGCCCUGGUUCCACCCGCUGCACUCAUCUCUAUCAUCCAGAAAGGCCUGCAGUAUGUAGAGGCAGAAGUUAGCAUAAAUGAGGAUGGCACCUUAUUUGAUGGUCGACCCAUCGAGUCUCUGUCCCUGAUAGAUGCUGUUAUGCCCGAUGUAGUCCAAACAAGACAACAAGCCUACAGAGACAAGCUUGCACAGCAGCAUGCAGCCGCAGCCGCUGCCGCUGCUGCCGCCACUAACCAGCAAGGAUCUGCAAAAAAUGGAGAGAAUACAGCAAAUGGGGAGGAGAAUGGAGCACAUACCAUCGCAAAUAAUCACACUGACAUGAUGGAAGUAGAUGGGGAUGUGGAAAUCCCUUCCAAUAAAGCGGUUGUGCUUCGGGGCCAUGAAUCUGAAGUUUUCAUCUGUGCCUGGAACCCUGUUAGUGAUCUCCUGGCAUCAGGGUCUGGAGACUCCACGGCAAGAAUCUGGAACCUCAGUGAGAACAGCACGAGUGGCCCUACGCAGCUCGUGCUUAGACACUGCAUACGGGAAGGAGGGCAGGACGUGCCCAGUAACAAGGAUGUCACGUCUCUAGAUUGGAAUAGUGAAGGUACACUUCUAGCAACUGGGUCAUAUGAUGGAUUUGCCAGAAUAUGGACUAAAGAUGGUAAUCUUGCCAGCACCUUGGGGCAGCAUAAAGGUCCUAUAUUUGCAUUAAAAUGGAAUAAGAAAGGAAAUUUCAUCCUAAGUGCUGGCGUAGAUAAGACCACCAUCAUUUGGGAUGCGCAUACUGGUGAAGCCAAGCAGCAGUUUCCUUUCCAUUCAGCCCCAGCAUUGGAUGUUGACUGGCAGAGCAACAACACCUUUGCAUCUUGUAGUACAGAUAUGUGCAUUCACGUCUGCAAAUUAGGACAAGACAGACCUAUCAAAACAUUCCAGGGACACACGAAUGAAGUAAAUGCUAUCAAAUGGGACCCAACUGGCAAUCUCCUAGCCUCCUGUUCAGAUGACAUGACAUUGAAGAUCUGGAGUAUGAAGCAAGAUAACUGUGUCCAUGAUUUGCAAGCACAUAAUAAAGAAAUUUAUACUAUUAAGUGGAGUCCAACAGGACCAGGGACAAAUAAUCCAAAUGCCAACCUUAUGCUAGCAAGUGCAUCCUUUGAUUCUACAGUUAGGUUAUGGGACGUAGACAGAGGGAUUUGCAUCCAUACUUUGACAAAACAUCAAGAGCCCGUGUACAGUGUGGCUUUUAGUCCUGAUGGCAGGUAUCUGGCAAGUGGUUCUUUUGACAAGUGUGUGCACAUCUGGAACACACAGACAGGUGCUCUAGUUCACAGUUACAGGGGAACAGGUGGAAUUUUUGAAGUUUGCUGGAACGCAGCAGGAGACAAAGUUGGAGCCAGUGCUUCGGACGGUUCAGUUUGUGUCUUAGACCUUCGGAAAUAGCGUUACUAGUUGGAAGCCAUGGACCGACUAUGAAUGUGUACAUAGCCACAAGACUAUCCCUGACCCAUAUACUGCUAUAGUCCCACUUGAACCAUGGCCAGUCCACUACAGCCAAAUCUAAGAGAAAUAUAUACAUGCAGUAUAUAUGAACACAGCUGUACCCUGAAGAUGACAGUCUCAUCCCAGCUUGUGAAUUCUGCUCACCAAGUGCUGGGAUCUAACCUGCUGUGCCCCUAAGUAGCGUUUAGAAGUUUGGAUAUGAAAACCAGAAGAGAAGGAAUAUGCGUUAUAAGAGCAAACCACACAUGUCCCAGUUUUGAAUAUUAAUGACAGCCUUGUUUCCCCCUUUGAAUCAGCAGACACAUGGAUUAUAUUCUUUUUCCCCUCAGUAGUGCGCAGUUUGUAUGUACAGAGAACAUGGACUUAACAAAAGCUUGCGGCAGUAGUUGGUUCUUGCUUCCAAGUUUGUUUUGGUUUAGAUUAUGGAUGCAUGAAGUAAGGGAGUGAAUCAUUAUCUUGCUUUUUUUUCUCACCUUUUAAACAACAAAAAAAUUCUUAAAAAUAUUUUACUGCAUUCUUUGGAAGAGGUAGAUGUUUGGUACAUCUGAUGGCUCCCAGAGCAUAUAACUCAAUAGGUGCAUAUUAUGGAGGGAAUUGGAAUAAUAGGAAACUACAUGACUUCCGUCAUGUCACUCUCUAAGACACAUCAGCAAAGGGUGUUAUGUUAUCUUUGUUUUGGGUUUCUGGGUUUUUUGUUUUAGUUCUUUGUGUGUGUGUGUGUGUGUGUGAGAGAGAGAGAGAGGGGUGGGGAGGAGAGAGAGCGCUUAAAAUAGUUUCUUUUUGGGGACAUAUUUCUGCCAAUUAAAGACUAGAAGGGCACAACUUUUUUUUUUUUUUAAUACCAUAAAGAAGAGUUUGGUUUUUUUUUUUCUAAAUAAUAAUCUUCUGAUGUUUUGUAGCCAUAACUAAAUUAUGGUUAAAAAUGUGCACUAUUGUGAGAAGGAGCAACAUAGUUUGGGGCUUUUAUUUUAUUAUUUUUAUUUUUUAUUUUACCAUUUGUCUGUUUUACUUUGUUUCUUAAGAGAUUAAAAUAUUUCUGGAUAAGGAUUAGCUUCUCAAAGUGUCCAUCAUUCUGUAUAGAAGCUUAAAUAUGUAAUGUAACCAGAUUCCAGUAUUAAAAAAUCUCUCAUGUUAGUUUUCUUUUUACAAAGCAAGGUUACAGCAGCAUAUAACACUGCCAUUACAUGGCUAAAUGUUUGCUACCUUAGUUUUGAAAACAGUUUUUAAAGGCUUGCUUUGAGCUAUGUUUGGGUAGCAGUGAUGGGGAAAUUAGGAGAGGUGUGGCUGGAGCUAUCCCUCUGCCUGCAUAUACGGCGCCAAAGCUGCACUUAAGCAUUGUAGAUCUAAGCUGCUGUUUUGUUUCCACUAUAAUCACUACUAUAUCAUGUUUUUUACUCUUGUUUAUAUCAAGUAUUUUUUUUUUAAAGAUAUAGGUAUCCAAUCAGAUUCUUUUUUUUUGGUUUUUUUUUGAGACAGGGUUUCUCUGUAUAGUUCUGGCUAUCCUGGAACUCACUUUGUAGACCAGGCUGUCCUCGAACUCAGAAAUCCGCCUGCCUCUGCCUCCCGAGGGCUGGGAUUAAAGGUGUGCGCCACCACGGCCGGCUUCAAUCAGACUCUUUAUGUUCAGCUAAAAGUAAAAUAUACCUACAAAGGUUCACCAGAGGCUGUGUUUGUGAAGGUGGUUGACAGGAUAGUCGAUAUUAAUGGAAGAACCCAGGAGUGUAGGUUCUGAAGAGAAAGAACAGUUGUCAAAUUUAUAUCUUUAAAUUUUUAAUUAAGAAAUUGCUUAGCAAAUUUAUAACACUAUGUGUGUCAGUAGUUAUUUUGAGGCCUUUGGCUCCUGAAUCCCACCCUGUGUUCUACGAAACUGCUCUAACCCAGCCCCGCAGCUUUGCUGCUCUGUUUUUGCUGCCUUGUUCUUUACAAAGCAGCGUUGAUUGACGCCAGUCUUGGCUUCAUUAAGGUAGGGUGGCAUUUGCUUUUGGUAAAGAGGAUGGAUACACUUACAUUUUACCAUACAUCGUUAUAUCUACCCCAUUUUGUUAGUGGGGUCUAUGAUACUGUAAUAUUAAGAGUUGCAUCCAGAGAGGCAGUCGUCUAUGGUUUGUGCCAGGUGUUUUCAGGGUUCUAUCACAUUGAGACAUUUAGAACCCAUUGCUCUGUGGCUCUGUAGGAAUUCUAAAAUGCUGAGUGUCUGCCACUUGAGAUUUUGCUUUUACUGCAAGAGGGUCACAUCUGUUGGCCUCUGUUGUUGUUUAAAAAAAUAAUAAUAAAAAUAAAAAAACUGUGCAAUAAUUUUUAAACGUGCUCCCAAGAAUAGACACAAACUUUUUGAGUAUGCCUAAGCUGCAUUUCCUUCAGCGAUGCAUUUGUCAAUUGCACUGAAUCUGAACCUGAAAGUCAGAGGUGAUUGUUGAUAGUGCUUUUGUAUUUUGAUAUGGACAUUUUAUUCAUUUGCAUACAGUCAUUGACGUUCUUCCCAGCUGAUUCAAAGACAGUCACAAAUUCCUGAAACACAGCUGCCAAAAUGACAGCUGAAUUUUCUGAUAAUGUCUUGCUUUCUGUUGGGUGUGUGUUUAUUGGUUUGUUUUGUUUUGUUUUAUUUUUUUUUUUCCUAUUUCUUUGGCUAUUUUACUUCAGCACACUAGCUGUGAUAGAUUGUCUGAUAGAAGAGAAGUGCAGAGCUUUGCUGUCCCAAAGCCUCGGGUCUUUCCCUCGCAGAUGUGGCUGAAGACAUCUACCUUUAGGCUGGUUCUCUGUGAGCGUAGGACUGUGUGCUUUGCUGCUGCUCUCACUGUCCCUGUAGCCUGCUGACGUGCCAUGAUGCUGCUCCACAGACACCACACCAUGUCUUCAUCCAAGCAGUCAGAUGAUCACCAGAGACCACACUUGAGUGUGUCAAGUGCUGUCAUGGGGCUCUCUACUUUCCUUCUUGUCUUUUUCUGAGAAUUGGCUCUGAAAAUCCAGAGUCCAGUAGUCUUUCUAUGGUGUUCAUUUAGAUCAUUGUUGUAUAUGUUACUGUAAGGCAGAGAAUAGGAGGCUUAAAUGAAUAUCAUUGAUUAAAGUAGACUGGAGGGAGCAGCUGCCACCCUUGAAAGGCAUGAAGGAACCUGUGUACUCCAGGCAGGAGACCCUUGGGGACUUAGAUUUAUCCCUAUUUUCCAUGAUCAGGUAACAUCAUUGAGUUUUCAAAUGAUUUAGGCGUGGUUACUGGAGUAGGUCUUAGAGUGUAACAGAUUGUUUUCCUGAGUUAUCCUCUAGGUGAGUAUGUUUUAGGACUAAACACCUUUUGCAGAUACUGAAAGUGCCUCCUUUUGUGGUAUACAAAACAAAUUAUGGUGCAAAACGUAAUCAAUAGAUUGAAUCACAUGAAGGGUUUUUUGCUUUUUGACAUAAAAAUGUCAAGAGACAGGCCAAAGAUUUGUACUUUUCACUUAUAAAGCACUCCUUUUUUUCCUUAAGAUUCUUUCUGUCGAUCAGAUUUAAUGAAAGAGUACUAUUUUUAAGGAGCUAUCUGUUUAUGUAGAAUGAUUUCGUUAAAAGAGUAAUGUAAACUAUGAAUGAGGAGCAGAGGCCGGCUGAGGACUGGGCCUUUUGCUAUUUAAAGAAAUCACGGAUGACCAGGCUUCUGCAAGCACACCUGACAAGUUUUACUAAAUGCAUAGGAAAACCAUCUCAGACAGUGCUGUCUUGCUCUUUUAAAGACCAUUUACGUUUUUGUAAGUGCUUUGCACAUUUCCACAGAAGCUGGAUUCUCAGGAGCUUAGAGCGGUACUUGCACAGUUGCUGCAGAAAUCCUGCCUCCGUGGACCAACAUCAUGGCACAGCAGCAGAAGCCAGCAUAUGGGGGCUAGCAGCCAGCCUACAGAGACCCAGGGGGCGGUUUUCUGUUUGUUUUUCAUUCCCUCCUUUUGUCUGAAACCAUCAGGGAGGGAUCUGUAAUAGCUCUGAAGUGUCACAAAUUUAAUAUCAGUCUUUUAAUACACAAUCCUAGUUAAAUGUAGGAGAGGAAAAUAAGGGGGGGGGGCGGUGCUCACGGUGUUUAAAUGCAUUCGUCUAGAAUCCUGCGUCUUUAUAAAGCAGGUCUGAGGUGUCCAUAGUAGUCUUUAUUUCUGCCCUUCUGUGACAGUGUUGAAGCAGGAUGAAUAAGUAUGUAGGCUUCUUCUUCUUUUAAAACCUAGCAAGGUGUUUGGUGUUUUCCUUUGGAAUUUCUGGAUGAGUUUGAGGAAACAUUCUGCAUGUUUUAUCUGGUGUGCUUUUUCAUCUCAUUACAAACAGGCAGACAUCAUUGUGCAUCUCUGCCAUCCUUAAAUACAGAAGUGAUUUUCUUUCCUGACUUUGACAUUGUUGCUAUAUAUAAUGUUUUUAUUUGAGUUUUGCAAAUCCUUUGGGUCUAAUUCUGUGAGCCUACCUUAGCUUUGGGUGAUGAUGUCUGCAGCCUUUCUUUAGUUCCACAGUUAACCUUAAAGCUGUUGGAGAAGUGUAAACCAGCCCAUGACAGUUUUUUGUACCCGCUUAAGAACUUUAUUGUUCAGUUUUCAUGAUGAUUGUGUAAGGAAGACUGAUGCAGAUGUUCAUCUCUCCUGGACCAUGUCAAUGACACUUAUGAUGUAUUUUGGUUCUACAUCACAGUGAUUUGUCCCCAAUGACCCUUUGACCCUUUCCAGGCACAUUGUGUGUGUGUGUGUGUGUGUGUGUGUGUGUGUGUAUUGUUGUUGCAGUUUUCCCUUUGCAUUGUAUUGCUUUGACAACUGUAAUUUGAAUCAGAUCUGAAAGAGGUCCAGAAUAAAGUAUAUUUUGAUAUUAUGUUGGCUGUGUACAUAUAUAACCUCUGAUAUCUCUGGUUUGUAUAGACUAUGUAGUCAAGUGAAGCGAGGGACGGUGUUUGUUUACAACUUCCUGUUUACAUUUCAGUUGCUUUUACUCCCCCACUAUUCAGCAUAGAAUAAAUGAUUUUGCUCCAAGAGUCUUCCCUACUACAACCUAUCUGUCCUAGCUCUUACUAUCUCCAGUGAAUAUAACUGCCAUGGGAAUCACUGUUUUCAUAAACAUUGUUUCCGAGAUGUAUACUUUAAAGAAGCCCAUAGAUGAAAUUAAAGUUUUUGCUAUUUUAUUACUUCUUGCAGGGGAUAAGAUUUUUUAAAAUGAAGGGAUUAUUUUCUAUAUUUGUUAAAUACUGAUAGCAUGUAAUCAGCUAGGGAUAAUGAUGACUCCUGAGUGAUUUUGAAAUACUGAUAGUUUAUUUAGAGGAUUUUACACAUGAACUAAGACUUCAGAUUUACUGUUAGCUUAGCAUCCAGUAGCACAAGGCACACCAAGUAUGUGGCUGAGGGCUUUCACCCAUGCCAACCAAACAUGCUGCAGUGGUUUCCACCCGUAACUGAUUUCGGAUCUUACUACACACCCAGUAACAGAUGAAGAACAUCCCAAGGCACAUCCAGCCUCAGUUUCCCCCAACUCUUGUAGUUGGUUUCCUUAGUCAAGUUCCUUCUCCGUGCCCACUGCCUUUCUUGGUUUUCCUUCGUAGAUGCAGGCAGCUGUAGCCUUGUCCUGCCCUCACUGCAACUGCUAAAGCUAACAACCUUUAGUUUUCAAGGGGUUCAUUUUUACUGCAUGGCCUAGGUUGUUAAUGACAUUCUGUUCUUACAUUUUUUCCGGAAAGCAUUGGGCUGCCAAGAAUUGGGAGUCCAUAUGAGCCUGAAGCUAGGCAGAAGUUUCUUGAGCCACCAUUGCAGGGAGGUUAUUUUUUAUUUCAUAGUUCUAAUACUUUAUCAUGAAUUAGAUUUCUUACCUAUUAUAAUAUGUAGCUGAUUACAGUUUACUGGUUCAUUUGAUUUUUUUUUCCUAUAUAUUCACCUGAAAACUACAGUAGAGGAAAAGCCAUUAUGGACACCUGGUUCUGCGGUGCUUUUCUCUGCUGUACCAAGGCUCUGUCAACAGUGAAAAUGUUAACUCUAUGCUACCUUUCCCCGCAUGCUUCUUUAAAUGUCAUCUACCAAUGCUUAAUUGUCCUAACUUGUAAUAUUUUUGUAUUAAAUUUUUUAGGAGUUCCUUGUAAUUUCUUUAUAAUUUAAAAUAUAUUAAACACAAAGUGUUUAGUAAAAGUA